ACGCUCAAUCCCAAAUGGAACGAGGAAUUCUACUUCAGAGUGUGUCCGCAGAAUCACAGACUACUCUUUGAGGUUUUCGAUGAAAACAGAUUGGUAAGAUUCACACUUUGUAACCUCUCACGUUUCACUCACUCUGUUGAAUACAUCACACAUGAUUUAGUCUAAUUUGAGUCUAGUUUGAGUCACGUUUUGACACGUUUUGAUUUACUGAGUUCCAACCACAGUGAAUCUCGUGUCUCUUAAUUUACUUCACGCAGUUUGUUUGCACUUCAAACUAUUGGGACAUUGUGUUGACUUUAUCUGCACCCCUGUGUCUGCAAUGUGUCACCCCUGUGUCUUCACAGGGGUGACACAUUGCCAGAUUUGAUAUUACCGGAUGUCAGCUGUAGUGUAAACAAUUGAAAUGCAUUGCGGUACUCGUGGAAGAAGCGUGGCCAUAGGCAGUGUACGGCCGGUUUAGUUUCAUUGCUCUACUUUAAGGCUGUAGUCCACUAACAACUCCUACAUUCCCUCUUAUGUUGAAUUUCCACCACAGUAGUUUCAUUGACUUGUGAAAUGAAGUCUGUUGCAGGCCCUCAGUUGCCAUGAGAACUAGAUCAAAUGUCUGCACGAUGUCAAGAGUUGCAGCAAUUAAAAACUGCUCGAGUAGGUCUUAAUAAUCGAUUUAAUAAUUCACGCUUUUGAAUAACCAUCACCUUGGUGAACCAUCUUCGUUGACAUAAUGAAGACAUUGUUCUGUGGAAGCAGUGAAAGGCUUCACUCGAAGCAGUUUAGGUCGUCAGUAGUACGUUUUUCAUGCGUUCUCAGUAAUCUUUGAGGGUCUGUGUCUUGAUGUGCGAUAAAACAAACAGCGGAUGCAGCCCCAGAUAGUAUUGGUGUUCUUGGCUGGAUGAGGCACAUUCUGGCCCGGCCUCGCAGGUUCAGGACUUCUGUGAUUUUGCGUCUGCAGCACCGACGUGGGAGGUCGUAAGAUUUGAUUAUUCUGCAGUUUUCCUGAUAACUUAAUUAAGGGAAUUGCAUGAUUAAAAUCUUGUUCAGUCACUUUAAUGUGCAUGCUACUGAUAACAUCAGUGCAUACUUUAAUGCGUGUUGUGUGCAUGUUUGAUAGAGGGGAAUUACUGGCGCUCAGCCCGCUCAGAAAAGGGCAGCUCAGUUAUUCCCCCUCGCUACAGUUUGGAGGUCUCUGCUGCCGUAUAGAACAGGAUGACACAAGAACAGCCCUCUCCUUAUAUGUCUGAGGAGGUGCUUCUCUGUUUAUCUCUAUGUGCAUGCCAAGGCAGCUCCUUCCACCACUCGCCAGUAUCGCUGCUUGUUCUCUUGCAUCCUUUCAUUUAUGGUUUAUUUGUCUUAUAGACAUGAAAUGUUUGACUAAGCUCUGCGCUGCAGCACGUGUGAUAGAUUGGGUUUCACAUAUGUGUACUUAUAAAGAUGCUGAUGCUCUAGAUGCACUCAAUUUCAACUAAUAUUCCUCCAAAAUAUCGGAGAACUACACGACUGACUGCUAACAGUGAAUGUAAAGAUACAGUGUAGUGCUUUGUUUGAAGCAGGCAUGUUAUGUCAUUUGGCAAACUGGGCCAUUGGACCACACAUUGGCAUUUCUUUUAUACAGAACGUUCUCCAUAACGUUUCACACACAUUUAUUGACUAACACUGUAGGCAGUGUGUCAUCGCAAAGUGCAACUGGCUGCCAAGCCACGAUUUCUUCUCGCUGUACAGUAUUUUUCUUUUCGCUGUUCCUCUGCCUGGAGUCAAUAUCGCUUGUCUCCUUGAUGCCCUGUUGUCCAAAAUGGAGAACUUUCAUAUUUUAGUUUUUGUCCUCUCCCAUUGUGGUGCUCCAUCCGUGGCAUUGGUUGUCAGCUCGUUGCAGCUUGCUUCUUGAGACAGAUACGGUGACACACUGAGGACUUAACCAAAGGUCGAACCAGUCAUAGAAGUGGGAACAGGCAAACUAGCUCCAAACCCCCAUUUUCACGUGCUGAUCCACCGGUGAAUCACUGCACUAUUAAGAAUGCGCUCAUGAACAUACAGUAUGUUGUGGAAAUCUCUCUUUCUCUGUUUUUAUUGUGUAUUUUAGCCAAAUACUACAUUACAAGUGCGUGAGCGUCAUAAUUCGUGUGCUAGUUUUCAGCACUGCGGACUAAAAUCCCAGCUGAGUCGUGUUUUGGGCGUUUUUUUGGAUGCAAACAGAGUGGCCUAUAAAACCACCAGACAGUUAAGUGUUUGGGUGUGGAUGGUAGACAGCAUAGUUUAUUCUGUUUGAGGACUUUGAUAUCUCUCUCCAUAGAGAAUUGAGCUGUUUGCCUUAUCAAAGCUGCAAUCUGUCAGAUAUUCUGCUCUUCACUUUGCCGCUGCCUUUUUUUUCCGAGUCCAUUUUUAUGCUUCUUUUUUUCUGAUUCCAAGCUACAAGAAGUAACGAUGCUCAAUUUGUGACCAGUCUACCUGUUAAAUAAUGAUAUGGAUGUAGGUAGAUCAGCAACAGCAGAAGGGUGAUGUUAUGGCCGUAUGUCAUUACAUGAAUGAAGAGAUAGUUUAGAGGGUAGAGGCCACAUUUACCUGUGACAAGAAAUUGAGCUACACUCUGAUACUCAAGAUGACAGUUUUAGGUAAAAUAAUAAAGUGGGAGGUAAUGUUUUGGGGUCUAAAAACGACCAAACCGUGUGGUCCGAGACGUGGGAACAUUGGCGAGGGGUGUAGAGGCAGGGAAAGAGAUCAUGUGAUUGGAGGAAGUGAUGGACGGUGGUACGUGGGGUGUGUGUUUGGGGGCCCCAGUUGGCACUUGAGGGCAGCAUGGGGUUGUAACAGGAGGUGCUGGGGCCAUUUGUGGUCACAUGGCUUACAGGCAACCCACUGUCACCUCGGAAACCAGGAGCGCCGGCCGCUCUUAUCCAAUCAUGUCAGGAAUGCUGGCCGUCACUCGGCUCAGGCUAUUUCUGCUGUCUGUCGCUAGAGCUUGGUGGUGCUAAGAGUCUGGCAUACAGGGAUCCUUCUUACCCCCCCCACCCCCCUCACCCUUCCCCUCCUUAACCUCCAUUAUGCCAUUCCUUAGAGUGCACCGUGUAAAGUUGUCAGCUCUUUAUGCAGUGUUCAGUCUUGGUGGUGUGACUUCUUUCUGCCGUGCAGUUUACUGUGGAAGGAAAGUUGUGGAAGAGACUAGGAGAGGGUGGGAAGGGUGGGGGUUAGGGAGAGUGGAAGAAAAAAAAAGGGGGAUCAGUCAUCCAGCCAGCCAAAGGAGAGAAGUGGGCGACACUAAGAGGCAGAGACUGGAGCCAGAGGAGAGAAGCAAACAGCCAGUCAGAGAGAGAGUGAGAGGGAACAGGAGCUGUGGGACGCGAGGUGAAAAUGGCUCAGCGUCUGCGUUUGUACUUUGGCUCGGGCCGCAGUAACACAGCCCCGGAGAUACUGGAAGGAGACUCUGAGGAGCAGCAGGGAGACAUUGAUGUGGCCGAGGCGCUACGCGUGCAGCGGCCUCCGGUAUCGACAUCCUCUCAGGAGCCAGCUGCGCAGCAUGCCCCACCGAGAGCGUCGUGGUCGGAGGCCUCUCUGAAACGCAGCUCCUCUAUGUUCAUACCCCAGCUCGCCGCCUACGCUGAGCCGCGGCCCACCAAGAGCUCCUCCAUGCACAUCUCCCUCCAGCGCUCCAACGGAUCAAGUAAUGGAGAUUUCCGUGGUUAUGCCGAUGAUGUCCCUCCACCCUGUUACACUCCUCCGGGACCUGCGCCUGCCUAUUGUGAACCACAGAUCCAAGCAGACGUCCCACGACACCCGCCGCCUCCGUACUACAGCCCAGAUACUUUAAACUCACCAACUUUUAUGAUGGAGCAGAACCUGCCCAAACGCAGGGUCUUCAGCAUUGGCUCCAACGGCCAUACCAUGUAUAGCAGAGGCCAACCUAAUAUUAGUGUUGGUGGUAUUUGUAUCCAGAGGAACUCUCCUGAUGGUUCGGACGUCCAGCAUUUCAGAAUCCACCCUUAUGGGGGUACCGGCUGGUCUGUCCAGCAGCAGAGCUUGGACCAGUGCUCCGUUGUUAACGGUGGAACACAGAGACUAGUAUUCCAGCUCCAGCAAAGUCCAAACCAGGAUCAGAGCCAGGGCAGGCCAGAGUCUGCUGCAACCCAGGGAGAAUGCACAGAUGUUGGCGCCGCCAGCUCAAGAGGUUACCCAAGAAUUCGACUGGAGCGACGCUCGUCUCAACCGAGGCUGUUGCGGGAAAGUCAACCCCAGGAAACUGGUGCAGACAGCCAAGCUACAGAGGAGAUCCAGACGGACACGGAGAGAACAGAAGCAAGAUCUAAUGGUUGUACUUUCAAAAUCCGUGGGGGUUCUUCCAGGAGGCAGCCUCAUUUCAAGAUCUAUUUUACCCCAGGCGGAGGCGGAGAUCAGGAUGUUAGCAUUGGCAAUGAUUUGACGACGAAUAAUCCCAAGGCUACUUCCAAGAAUGGCAUUUUCCAUCUCACACAGACUAGAGAUGAUUUCCUGGGACAGGUUGAUGUUCCUCUCAGUCAUUUGCCGACGGAGGACCCUGCUAUGGAGCGGCCGUACACAUUUAAAGACUUCCUGUUGCGGCCCAGAAGUCACAAGUCCAGGGUGAAGGGUUACCUGCGUCUGAAGAUGGCUUAUCUGCCCAAACAAGGAGGACCAGAGGAGGAGGCUGGGGAGAUAAGGGAGGAGGCUGAGGGUUGGGAUGAGUCUGCGGACUCGGGCUCCCAGCGGCCCCAGCAGCUGCUUCCUCCUUUGCCCCCUGGCUGGGAAGAGAAGGUGGACAACCUGGGACGCACCUACUAUGUCAACCACAACAAACGCAAUACACAGUGGAAACGGCCCUCCAACAUCGAUGUGAUUUCAGAGACUGAGAGUGACAAUCAACAGCGGCAGAUCAAUCAGGAAGCACACCGUGUUUUCCGUUCGAGGCGCCACAUCAGUGAAGACCUAGAGAACGAGCACAUGGAGCCGAGGGACAUGGACAAUUCCUGGGAGCUCAUCACAGAAGAGGAUCCUAACGACAGCCUGGCCCAGUCCCAGCCCGGCCCUUCCUCCGCCUUGACACCACAACUACCGCCAACACCCGUCAGCCAGGAGUUUUCUGAGGAUUUAAAUCUGAGGCUGUCACUCACUGCCGACACCAACGGCGAAGUGCCAGGGCCCAGCUCUGCUCUGAGCCAGCUAUCAAACAGACUCCGAUCCUCAAGUAUGACGGACGGUGUCAGCGAUCAGACCCAGGCUCCUCCUCCUCUUAUGCAGGGUUCCCAGACCAGAAGAACAAGAGCUCAAACAGUCUCAGGUGGUGAGGAGUCUAUGUCUCCCUCGGCGACUGCUUACGCCUUGACCACCCCUGGCCUGCCCCCUGGAUGGGAGGAGAGGAAGGACGGCAAGGGAAGAACUUAUUUCGUCAACCAUAACAGCCGCACCACUACGUGGACUAGGCCAAUUGUGCAGCUGACUGACGACGGAGCCAGCACCUCAACAGCAGCAGCAGCAGCAGCAGCAGAAUCAGGAGGAGCCUCUGCCCUGGCGCCCGCAUCCACCCCCUCCUCGUCCUCCAAUGCCUCCAACAACCACCUCCAUGAGCCCCAAGUCCGACGAGCUCGUAGCCUCAGCUCCCCUACUGUCACCCUUUCCACCCCCCUGGAGGGAGCCAACAACAUCCAGGUGCGGAGGGCUGUGAAGGACACGUUGUCCAACCCGCAGUCCCCCCAGCUGUCCCCCUACAGCUCCCCCAAGUCCCAACCUAAGACACAGCAGAGCUUCCUGCCCCCGGGCUGGGAGAUGAGGAUAGCCCCCAAUGGACGGCCUUUCUUCAUCGACCACAACAGCAGAAUCACCACCUGGGAGGAUCCCAGGUUGAAAUACCCGGUCCAUAUGAGGAACAAGAACUCUAUUGAGCCCGGUGAACUCGGUCCUCUUCCUAACCUACCAGAGGAGCCUGGAUGGGAAGAAAGAGUUCACUCAGACGGACGCACCUUCUACAUCGACCACAAUACAAAGAACACGCAGUGGGAGGAUCCUCGUCUGCAGAGUCCGGCUAUCACAGGACCUGCUGUUCCCUACUCCAGAGAGUUCAAGCAGAAAUACGACUACUUUAGGAAGAAGUUGAAGAAACCGGCUGACAUCCCCAACCGGUUUGAGAUGAAGUUACACAGGAACAACAUCUUUGAGGAGUCGUACCGUCGGAUCAUGUCCCUGAAGAGGCCGGAUGUUCUGAAGGCACGGCUGUGGAUCGAGUUCGAGUCGGAGAAAGGACUGGACUACGGCGGCGUGGCCAGAGAGUGGUUCUUCCUCUUAUCGAAGGAGAUGUUCAACCCUUACUACGGCCUGUUCGAAUACUCUGCAACAGACAACUACACUCUCCAAAUCAAUCCCAACUCUGGCCUGUGCAACGAGGACCACCUCUCCUAUUUCAAGUUCAUCGGGCGUGUGGCAGGAAUGGCCGUGUUUCAUGGAAAACUUCUGGACGGUUUUUUCAUCCGACCCUUCUACAAGAUGAUGCUGGGAAAGCAGAUCUCGCUUAAAGACAUGGAGUCUGUGGACAGUGAAUACUACAACUCUCUGAAGUGGAUCCUGGAGAAUGAUCCCACUGAGCUGGACCUCAGGUUCUGUAUUGACGAGGACAACUUUGGACAGACGUACCAGGUCGACCUGAAGCCCAGCGGCUCAGACAUGGUGGUCACCAACGAGAACAAAAAGGAAUACAUUGACCUUGUCAUCCAGUGGAGGUUUGUCAAUCGAGUCCAGAAGCAGAUGAACGCCUUCUUGGAGGGCUUCACUGAGCUCAUUCUCAUAGAUCUGAUCAAGAUCUUUGAUGAAAACGAACUGGAGCUGCUCAUGUGUGGUCUCGGUGACGUCGACGUCAACGACUGGAGGCAACACACGGUUUACAAGAACGGCUACUGUCCCAACCAUCCUGUCAUACAGUGGUUCUGGAAGGUCGUCCUGUUGAUGGAUGCUGAAAAAAGGAUCCGACUCCUGCAGUUUGUUACGGGAACAUCACGAGUGCCCAUGAACGGCUUUGCCGAGCUUUAUGGUUCUAAUGGACCUCAGCUGUUCACAAUAGAGCAGUGGGGAACGCCAGAAAAGUUGCCAAGAGCUCACACGUGUUUCAACCGCUUGGAUCUGCCCACUUAUGAUUCCUUUGAGGACCUGAGAGAGAAGCUCCUCAUGGCUGUGGAGAACGCGCAGGGCUUCGAGGGGGUCGACUAAGACGGCAGCACCUGACUGCAUCCAACCAAGCAACCAACCAACAACAAAAACAAAAACAAAACAAAACAAAAAGCCACAGGGAUAUCGAACCAGCUGCUGUAGCAGUUCUGUGCAAGCAUGUUGUACUGUAAUGGCCGACUGUGAGCCCCUUCCACAGCACCGGUGACUUGAGUCUGUACAGCGAUUUGUCGAGCCGAUGCACCUACGUCUUUAAAUCUUUUCAGUGGGUGGGUCACUCCUUUAAAGGUGCUGGGGAAAGAACGUGAGAGUCGCACUGUUGAAUGCUGAAAUCUAUUAUCCACAGGCAUGAGCGAUGAAUGAGCUGGCCCCUUAUCCGCCGUUUCUUUUCCCCUCUACCCUCGUCCUGUGAAAAUCUACAGUGCUGGAAAACACUAAUGCAUUUCAAUAGCUCCUUUAUGUACACUAUAGCACCGUAUUCAAGCACCCUUCAAUGGAGGGGACUUAGCAUGGCCUUAAUCUGGCUCCUACGUGCACUAUUUCUCUAAGAAACUGCGAUGGCACUAUGAUCACAACUCUCUCAAAUCCUUAGACCAACACCAGAUUACCUUAGGAAUGCUAGCCAAUCACAUUUCAGGAAAUCGGCCACACCCCCUUCAUAGAGCCUUUGUCUAUUAUGUUGUUUGAUCAGAAAUCGCCGCUGCAGCCUUUUUGUAGAAUAUUGUUUUCUGUUUAUUAGCCACUGGUAAAGAUUCAAGAAUGGGGGUGUUAAAUAAUCCCCAAUGAUGAUUUUUUUUUUUAAAUAGUUUUUGUCAUUAUGAAAGAUUUGUUUAUUUUAUUUUUUUUUUAAAAAUCAUUGGUAUAAUUCUUGCAGGAAAAUACUCUCAACGUAUUUGUACUGUUGUUUACUAUUUUGACAAUGCGACAUGACAUGGUGUGUGAAGUGUAACUCUGGCUAGUCGGGGAAUUAAUUAAUCCAUAUCAUUUGUUACGGUGAUAGCAAAUGUGGUGAAUCAAAUGUUUUAUAUUGUAGCGCUAUGAAAGCAGCAUGAAACCGUAUCGUGUGUUUGCUUUGACUACAUCGUAGUAAUUUGGACGUGUAAAUGGGUCUCGAGGUCGAGAACGGCGAACUAAACCUUUGGGGUCAGUUUCUCUGACACGUUUGCGUCAUGAUUAUAUUAAUAUUCUCAUGCCUGUUGCUGUUAAUAAUGCUGUAAAUUGUUCUGGGGUUGGGGGAACACAUUUUAAGUUGUUUUUUUUCCAUUAUAUAUAAAUAUAUGUAUGAAUUUAAGUAUUACUGAUCAACAACACUAAAAUGAAGCUGUGUGCGUGCGCGGGUGUUUGAGAGAAAAGCUGUGAUUGCCACUGAAUAUAAAGCAGCACGUUUCUUACAAAGACAUUUUCUUUUUCUUUGUUUCACUAUCCUUUUUCUAACACCAUUGAACCCAAAGGGCACUUUAUAGAUCACUCUGAGGUCAUGUCGCCUAUUGUAUGUCUUUUGUCAUUAACUUGAAUGUGAUUCUUUUUUUUCCCAUUCAGAGCACUUACCUGGUGCAAUAUAAAUAGUCUGUAAAUCUGGGCUGCUGCUAAGGUAGAUAAAGUUGACAGAAGUGAAGCGGAGACUUCGCACCCUUUUAGUCUUCUCUGUUUUCUCUCCCCUGUGUUUCCUCCCUGCUGUGAUCCAACCCUCAAACCCACUCAGUAAAUAUUUGUCCUUUUUUUAAAUGAAUGACAGGAAAUAUCACUUUUGUUAAAGAUUCCACCACUCUCUGCAACUCUUUGUGGUUAAUUUAACUUCCGUCAAAUAAAAAUGAAACUUCU